AUGGACGAUUUUGAGCCGGAAGUAGUCAUACAUGAGGAGCAAGCGAAGACCACAGCCGAUCCGGUCGUCAGGGAUGCCCGCAUUCAGCAACUGGAUCUAAAAGAUCGGGACCAGGCGAUUGAUGCCAUAUUUUUCCCAGACUUGUUAGCACAACCAAAGCUCGAAAGUCGUGAGCUGGGUUCACUCAGUCAAAGGCUUAACAUCUUCUUCACCUCAGCAGUACCGCAAUAUCCUGGCAAAAAUGCACGCAAGAGGGCACGAAAAGCAGCGCAAACUGCGGAGACACAUAUGACUCUGCCGGAUCAGACGACUCGGGCCUCGGAGACCACAACAGGGCCAGUGCUAUCCUCCAAGGCUGCCUCGAAAGCAAAGGCAAAAGCGGACAGAAAGGCGAAGAGGGCAGCUUUGGCUUUAGAAGUCCAAACGGCCGUCCUGGAACAAGCGGCCCAAGACCAAGAGACUGCCGACGUCGCCUCCUUGAUCGCGUCAGCAACAGGUCCCAAGCCCAUUUCUCAAGCCAAAGCCGACAAGAUAGCCCUAGCGAUAAAGGCCAGAAAGGCAGANAGAAAAGGCUGCAAAAAGGCGGCAGUAGAAAAGCUUGUUCAAGAGCAAGCAGCAGCCAAGCAAGCCCAGAAAGAACGCAACCGCAACACAGACCGCUGGAAAGUACAAAAAGCAGCUCUGGAAGAAAAAUUCGGAGAGCACAAUUGGAACCCUAGGAAACGAAUUUCUCCAGAUGCGUUGGCUGGUAUUAGAGCUUUGCACGCCAAAUCGCCGGAGACCUUCAGCACAGCUGUGCUGGCCGAGCACUUCAAAGUCACUCCAGAGGCCAUUCGACGAAUUCUGAAGAGCAAAUGGCAGCCCAGCGAAGACGAAGCUGAGGAAAGAAGAGAGAGAUGGGAGAAGAGGGGUGAAAAGAAAUGGACCGAGAUGGCCGAGCAAGGUCUCAAGCCUCCGAAGAAGUGGAGGGAGAGAGGCGUAGGAAAGGUCGGCCCGGGAGAGGUGCCAACGUGGAAGCAGCCUGGCAAAGUCGGUGAACGAUGGAUCGAGAGCACAGAUGCGGAUAGAUUCGUCAUGGCUGGUGAGCAGUUGGCCGAAGAGGGACAUGACGAGUACGCAGAGGAAGAGAGUAUUGCAUCUAGGAUUCUCUAG